AUGGCCCAGCAGCAGCAGCAGAUUGAGUACGUGAAGCGUGAGCUUCGCGUACCGGCAAACACGCCACUGCCCCCCGUUCGCCAAACCACGGUGCAAAAGACGGAUGAGCUGUUUCAUCAGGGCGACAUAAUUGUGCUCGUACAUAACCAGAAAACGACGAACGAGAAGGACUUGAAGCAGGCGUGGAAUGACUUAAUCCCUUACAACAAGUCAGUCCUCGUUUACCGGGUGGAUGGGGAGCACACCGUAGCAGCGCCCGGUCCAGCGGACCGCCUCGGCCAGCUGCCCCAGCAUGCGAACCACGCAAGAGGGCAGAAGGUUUUACCGCAGAUGACGUUGGAGCCGGUGAGGUUGCCGGAGCAAAACGAAAACCUGAACUUUUUCCGCGAAACGCUACUGAAAAAGGGGGGAACUAGUAGUGCUGGAACAUCAAGUGCGAUGAUGAAAAUGGAGCAGGAGCACCAGGGAACAGCAGAGCAACUUACCACCGCGAGCGGAACCUCGUCAUCUGGAGGCUCAUCGUCUUCUAGCAGUGGCCCAGUUACCUCCUCCUCUAGUAGCUCGUCUUCUGGCGAAGAAAAUCAUGUGCAAGAAAAUUCGAAAAUGACAAAGGCAUCUUCAACAACCUCUAUCAUGAAGAAUUCCAGCCUUAAGCUCGCCGAAACCGACAUGUACGAGCGGGAAUUGAAGCCGAAACCGCGGGACGAAGUAACAUUCAAAGUCCCCCGGCUGAAUUCCGCCAUGGCGGGGGGUAACAAAAAUGCCGACUUAUUUGCACCCUCUUCUAGUAGUAGUGCAACAUCUACAACUUCAAGGCUUCCGCCGGGCGGCAUGGUGGACGGCGGCGGUAGCUCCCUUGAAGAGUACUUGGCUGACCAGAAGACAAUGAAGGGUAGAAAUCCAAAUCCGAAACGGGUUAGCUUUCCGGCGAACGAGGUCGAGCAGGAGUUCCGCUUCACGGGGUCCUCGCCGCUGACCACGGAUAUCAACCAACAGAUGAGUCAGAAUUUGACGGCGCAAGCCGUUUCGGGCAGCCCGAUUCGGAGUAUUCAAAUGAACAAAAGGUAUCCGCAGUUCCACAACGCAGAUAGUACGAAUUCUGCUGGUGGUGCAGCAGUUGUAUCCACUGGGUCCUCGUCGGCGUCUAUUAAGCCGGGUUCCCCGACAAAGCAGGAGGAAAUCGAAAGGAUCUGGACUGGUGCGGGAUCUGCGGGGGGAGGUUCGUCUUCGAAUCUCGGCAUGAGUCCGAGCGAGGUGAUGCUCUCGACCGCGUUCUCCCGGCCGCGGGUGCCAAAGUCGACAGUUUCGUCAAAACCCAGGAUUGACCUGCCCACGCGGGAGGACGCGAUGGCUGUCGGUACUGGUUUGUCUACUUUCGUAUGCAUGUUGACGUUCAAAUCCGCUUAUUGUUUGGUUUCGCUUGCCUAGAUGAUCGCUGUUCUUCUUUGUCGUGCAUCAAAAAUGCUGCCCGUGGUGUAUAAGACUGAAACUGAAACACCCCAUCUUCAGGUGAACUGCCUCCUCCCCUGCCUCCGCGGCACGUGACCCUUUAUUCCCUGUCCGAAGAACUUCGCUCGCUUUCCUCCUCCGUGAAACUCCGACUUUCGCUGCUCCAUCCCUCGCAGGGCGGGUUGGGUGGGGAUAUGAACCCCACGGAAAGCAGCGGGAGUGAAGAUCAGUUCGAAACGCAGAAUCCGCAGAACAGCCAGAACAAGAACACGAAGGAGUGCCAGAUGCUGGACGAAAGAGCGCUGUUAUUGCUUCGGCAAGCGGAGCAGAACCUCGCGCUGAGUGAUUUCAGCAAGGAAUUGCGGAAAAUUUCCCCCGAUCUCGAAUCCAUUCUACUCCAAACCAACGAACUGACCACGAGUAACAACAGGUUAUCCACUUCCAUCACGGAAAGGCUGGAUUUCCAAAAACUGUUGAAGUUUGUGAAGAACUUGCAAAGCCGGAAUCUCUACUUGGUCGACGAGUUCCAGAAGCAGGCGAACACGCUGCAGAAGCACUUGUUGCAGAUUCUAGCCUCCACGCACCCGAAACGGCAGGCCGAGUUGGAAAGUCGGUGGAGGCAGAAGAACGCGCCGGUGGUAAAAACGACCGGGAGUCACGUGGACGUCGAUAUCGUUUCGCAACCGGACAAGUUGUCCGUGCUCCAAACGCAACUGUUUGACGUGGUUGAGGUUCUGCACGAGUUAAACAACACGAUCAACAACAGUCACCAAGCGAUCUACGAUAUUUUGCCGGAUCGCGAAAAGCGGAAGCUGUUCACGCAUUUGCCCCCCUUCGACCGAAACGCGAUUCUGCUAUCCCCGUGGGAGUUGGCGGAACUGCAGAAAACGGGAACCGUAGCCUUGAAAGACGCGAAGCACGUGUCGAUCCAGUUGACCGCGCAGUUCCUGAACGCCUACUUGCAGAGAACCCAUUUUGACGUCGCGCGGGAUCUGGCUGGAGAACUCCCCGACGAGUUCGUCAGUCCCAUCGACCGGGAGCUGUUGGCGAACGGGGAUUUUUCCGUGUUGUCCAAAACGGUGCUGCCGAUGCUGAAGCAGAAAGCGGACCAGGGGGUGGAAAUGGAGCGCUUGGUGUUGCACAGCGGGCUACUGAGCUCGAAGAAAUCCAACUUGCUAGUUGACGCGAAACAAUUGGAGAAAACAAUCGAGAAUCAAAACAGCAACAACAGCAAUCCAGACGACUUCUACACGGCACAGAACAAGCAGCAGAAAGCGAAGCUCGUUUUGCGGCAAGCAGCUGAAGAAGCGCGGGAGACGCUGGCGGCGAGGGAUCGGCUGGCGGCUUUGCUGGACGGGCCGGCACGGAGUAUGAUUGCGGAGGAGCACGCGCCGGGCUUGCCUGCGGUCGUCGAUGCGAUAGAAACCGGGUUUAAAGGUAUAAGUUUGUUUUGUUGUAGACUGUUGUAUUCGUUUUUUACGUGCUUUGUCUGUGUCAGGUUUUGCAGGGGACAAAUUAUCACUGCCCGAACCUCGUCCAAACUACAGCCCACAUUUCCGAGCUUGCGACUAACAAGGAAGAGAAAAAGGCGUUAAUCGAGAUGGGCGCGAAGAAGCAGCGGAAAUUAGAGGAAGCCCUGCAGGAAAAUAAGCAGCUGAAGGAGGAGCUGGAGCAGCAAAUUAAACGGAACGAAGCCCUCGAACAGGAGUUUGACAGCAAAGAGCAGUCCUACCGCCGACUUCUCGCUUCGGAACGGGCGGACAAGGCUACGGCGCUGGAACAGCUGCAAUUAGAAAGUAUGAAGCACACGGAGCUGAUAUCCUAUGUAAAAACGUCCCCACCCCAUAGUCAAGAUGGGAAAUCUGCAACACAAAUCGCCAAUUUUUGGGAGUUCGACAUGACAAGUUUCCAUCUGCAGUGUAGUGCUGGACAGCAAGGACAGCCGCAUGAGAAAGCCAUUUACUCAUGCUGUUUGCAGCAUUACAAAUUCCAAAACACGACUGGAAAUGCCUCUCAAGGAGAUGCGCAUUACAAAUGUUCCUGUCAUUGCACAUUAGCAUGACAACUCUAGUGUGGGGACGUUUUUACACACGAUAGCUGAAGCAGAAGUCCGCGGCGUUGCUCGCGACCUUGGAAACCGCGAACCAGGAUAUGGAGCUCUCAAAUGAUACAUUCUCAACUGUUACAUAAAUUUGUAAUGCAAGACUGGCAAAAGUGAAAGGAGGAAGAUUGCGCCUUUUGCAUUACAAGUUUGGCGCAGAUUUAGAUGCUGUUUAGCCCUUCCGAAAUUUGUCAUGCGAAGCAGCUCGAUCAUCUGGAUCUGCCGGCUGAAGGUGCUUUUGCAUGACAAAUUCAUGGGACACCCACACAACUUCCGUCGCAGCCGUCCCAGUAGUUGCUGUGGAGGCUCUUCGGUAGAAAUCGCACUGCCCAAUAAAUUCCGCUAGAGUUUACCGGGUAUGCGGCUACUGUUUGUCGAAAUAAUUUACAUGGAGACGCCCUGCCCUUAGCCUUCCAACAUGACAAAUUCAUGGGACAGCUGAGAGUGUAACGUUUGAGAACGCCAUACAGGAGCUCACCGGGUUGCACCGAAAAACGAGCGAGAAAAUCAACGUGUGUGCGGAUCUGCGGACGGCCCUGAGUGACUCGCUCUCCCACACGGUGGACACGCAACUGAUCGAAAACUGAGGAGCCGGAGCGGGUGGGUCAUGGUUUUCUUUGUUCGACCGACUAGAGCAUUUACUUAUAAUAUACUUUCAUCAUAGAGAUGGAACUGUUCUGUAAGCUAACGCUUCCAGAGCCCGUGUUACGAACAAUGCAGCGCACCUAUGAUUUUGUGCUUUGGGAGUACGCGGAGGUGUAGUUUUUUCUGUACGGAUUUUCAAUUUCAUUUUUGAGCUUACUGCAAGAUUCAUCUUUUUUGAACUAGCAAAAAAAUAUGCGGAUUUUUCACGAUGGCCUGCUGUAACUGUAUCUAUCCUCGUGAAAUACAAAUAGUUGGAAAAGUAGCAUAAAUUAAGAUUCUUGCAUAAAAUAUUUGAGUUUGUUUUGUUGGCCAUCAAGAUGAGUGGUGGAAGUGAAGGUGACCUGUACCUAGUAUGGAGAAAUUUUUAUGGAGCAGCAUCGUUUUCUUUUUGUUUGAAGGACGUGGACGAGCAAUGGAUUCAUAGAUACUUCGUCUUCGACGAAAGAAGAUAG